CUUGAACAAAACGUUUUAUAAACUGAUGUGUUUGGAAUAUUGAUUGUCAAUAUUCGACACAAGAUUGAACAGGAGCAAACGCAUAUGCAUACGGGUACAAAAAAAUGGACUCAGCCUUGUUCUACGCGGACACAUAUUUCUUCACUCCUUUCAUAUACCCAUCAUCCGUCAUAGAGGAUAAUAUAAAAAGACAGGUGACGAGUCUGUACCUCCUAGCAUCCGCAUCCAGUCUCCUAUUCUACCUCAUCGCUGGCUCAAUCAACUUUUAUUUUGGCUUUGACCAAAACGUGAUGCAGCACCCGCUGUUUGGCAAGAAUCAAUUGCGACGGGAAAUUGAGCAUUCUUGUUCAGCCUUGGCGGUGCUGUCCUUCCUAUCUAUUCCAUUUCUUCUACUGCUUGUGAAUGGACAUUGCAAUCUACGGGAAAACUACGACACUGCACUUUUAGGGAAGUUCAGCGUUAUUCCUGAAUUAACUACUUGCUUACUAUUUAUCGACGUAUUCAGCUAUGGGGCACACCGUCUGGCUCAUCAUCGAUACUUCUAUAAACAUAUUCACAAACAGCACCAUUCUUACAAAGUUACAACGCCAUUUGCAAGCCACGCUUUCCAUCCUGUGGACGGACUAAUGCAGGUGCUUCCCUACUAUCUCUGUGGUAUAUUUAUCCCGAUUCAGAAACACGUCUUUUUGGGGAUGAUGGUCUUUGGAAAUGUCUGGGCUGUUUUUAUCCACGAUGGGAAAAUAGAGCUACCAAAGUGGACGGAGAGAUACAUAAAUGGAGCGCGCCACCAUGCGGAUCAUCAUUUAUCAUUCAAUUACAACUACGGGCAGUUUUUAACUGUUUGGGAUCGAAUGUUUGAUUCAUUAAAAGAAUUACGAAACUCAUCAGGUGAUGGGGCUGAAACAAAUGUGGACAAGAAUUGGAUAGAAGAGAUAGAGUUCAAAACAAAAAACGAAGUAAAAAGUGUCGAACUCCAUAGAAGUAAAACUAAAAGAAAGGUGCAUUCCCUUUCAGACAUGCCGAAAUGUGAAUGGAAAAUUCGACAAAUAGAGGACAAAAUUAUUACUGAAAGUCUUUGCGAUGAUGUAUUUGUUGAAAAAGGCAGAUGUAUACCUGAUCAACAAACUGCAAUUAAUAAUUUAACAAAAGAUUUCUGCUUCGAGUUUUUUCAAAAGCAGUGCUGCUUAUCUUGUUGUCGCCCUCAUUACUGUCAGAAUUUCUCACCAAUCAAACUACGACAACGUGCGAAUAGCAGCCGAGCGUAGCCUUGGCUUGUACGUAUAAUUAGAUACAGUUACAAACUUCCUGUCAAAAGUUAAUAUAAAACACCAUUCAAGCGUGAUCGAGAUACGACACAGAUGUGCACCCGGUCCUAUACACCGAUAGAACUCUUUCCAACAGCAGGGGUCUGCAAACAUAUUCCGUGUAGAUGUACGACCAACAGAACUACCCCAAGCACAAUAUUUCUGGCUGGUUGCUGUUUACAAAAUUGGCAAAAGUUAUGCACGUUCCAUAAAUUUCCGGACCAUUAUAAAAACACAACCGCAUUACUUAAUAAAGGGAUAGCUAUGUCAAGGAUCUAGUUAUUCGUGGGAAAUUAAAUUUUAAUGAAGAAUGUUGCAAUAGAAUUAUUACAAUACUUAAGGUGCUAUCUGCUGUUGGCAUAACCCGCGUAGAGUAUCCAAUCAAAUUUAUCGGAUGUAGGCCUACACAAAACAGUGGCACACCAGUUAGUGCAUCCUUAACAACAAAGAAAGUAAAAUAUCAAAACAUUUACAGAACAGACACAUUAAAAAAACUCUUUUCAUUAGCUUAAGAAGUAACCGAUAGCAACUCACAGAGACGUGUUUGCACAAACGCAAACAAAAUUGCGUUAGUGUCAAACGCGUCCAAUAUUGCCAUAUGAACCAAGAUUAAGCCCCUCUCCCACUAGGGGUUUUUUCAGCUUACGAGUUACAAGAGAAUGUCGAGUUGCUACGGUAACUCGGCAAAAACUCGUAGGACGAUUCGGAAAGCUCGGA